AUCGGGUAGGAAUCAAUACUGUCUGCCAGUCCAUGAGUGUUUCUCCCUUCUGCAGCGAGCAUGCAAGUGAAGUUCUGAGGAAGUUAGUCCAGCUGUUUUCAUAACAGCAGGUCGGAAACAGUUCUAGAAGGUAGAUGCAGAGAUAGUGGUCUAUUUGGUACGAGGACAACAUGGAUUCUCGAAUGCUUGUGGUGAUGCUCGUGCUGGGACUCUGCCUCACUUGGACCAAGCCGGUUUCAGCGGAGCUGUACAAGGUCGAUCAGUGCGAGAGGAAGAACUUUCAUUUUUCCAAGAUAAGGAAACCCUGCGAUGACUACAUCAGCUCCAGCUUCGCGAACAGCAGCGCCAAGGCCAAGUGUUGUGAAGUACUGAAAAUGCUGCACAAUGCUAUGUUAGGACACGUUCAGUGCUACUGCCAGUUGGCUCCUUCCGGAACUGAAGUCUUUGCAGAUGUAGCCGCGAAAUGCAAGUUGCAACGCAACCUUCAAACUUGCCACGGCUGAUUAGAUGGUAUCUAUCAAUAGCCUAACGAAUGAGAAUGAUUUACGAGUGAACUCGAGUGGUGCCUGAGUCCGUGAACGCGAUACUCUGAAGAAUUGAGAAUCUGUAUUUGUACUCGAUGACAGCGUCGGGUGUUGUUUGUAUGUUAUAUCUUGAUUUGCCUGCUUUUAGAAACCGACAGCGGCUCCUUGGUUUGUCUCUAUUCUGUGACAUCGUUAUCUCGGGACGCAACGGCUACAUGUGUUCGUCGUAGUGUUUCCUUACAGAACGACACAUAUAGUUACUUUUUGGAGAAGCCAUAACACCUUGAUGCAUAUCUUAGAUCCUGUCAAAAUUGUGGCUGCUAUUCUUUGUGCUCAGCCUCGAUCAUCCAAUCCUUGGCCGCUCAGAGGCAUUGACUUCUACGUCUAUGUUAUAUGUAUAUGAGAUAAAGAUCCAGAAAUUUGUGACAUUUAAUCCGACGAGUUAUUGUCUCUUUUGUGUG